AUGUCUGAUAAUAAAGAAAGCCAGCAAACUGAGGCAAAAGAAUUAAUGCAUUACAGCAUUAGACAAAUAAUAGUCAAUUCAUAUCAAAUUAAUGUAAUCAUUGGGAAUGGUACUUGGUGAAUGCCCUAAUUGAUUCUUUCUGUGCCCCUUCCUCCCUAAUGGGAUUGAGUUUGAGUAACCCAUCUCUAGUCUCUUCAUUACUAAACAUCGAAUGGUGCCACUAUAUUUUUUAUGACUGAUAAUGUUGGUCUAAUAAUAUGCAAGAUUUGUGUUUUCCCAAUUAUUGAUUUUUAUAGAGACUACUUUAGUUUUAUUAUAGCUAUAGAAGUUUGGUGCAUAACUUGAUUGUCAUCCUGUAUGCUCAUAAAGUAUUAUUAUUUAACAGAUGUAUAAUAUUAAUUUUGAAAAUUGUGUCAUAAGAUUUAUUGGACCUCCUGGAGUAUGCGUACCAAGAUGGCGCACAACCUGAACUCAGGUUGUGUACCAGGUUAGGGUUCAGGUUAUAAGACAUCUUGGUGCCCAUACUUCAGGAGCACCGAUUUAUUGAUAUCUCUUUAUCUAACCUUAUUUUCAUUAGUGAUGAUUCAUCAUUGAUUAAUCAGCAUAUAAGAUUUCAUAGAUUAUUGUAUUAAACCAUGCAUUUGAAUUUUGAAUUCCUAAUCAGCAUUGAACCAAUGGCCUCAUCUCAUGUAUUUUAUAGAUUUAUAUUGGUUACCAAUUCAGAUUUCAUGAGGUAUAUUUGCUUGUAUUUGUAUUGUAUUUGGUGCGCUUCUGUGAUUUAUCACCUCUUGAAGCCUUUGAUUGUGUAGUUUUCCUUUAUCCCUCAAUGCUCUCCAUUAUCCUGUUCAAAAGUGUUUCAAUGUGAAAUGGUCUAAUGUCGAUAAAAUUAUAUAGAACAUUUCAAGUUGUACAGGGCCUAUCAGAGAAAAAGGUGUAAAUAAGCAUCAUUUAAAAUAAAUAAAGUUUAAUUACUCAAGUUUAUAUUUCUUAAUAUAGGAUAGAAAUUAGGCAUGUCUAUGAAAAGAAAAAGGUUAGAUGGAUCAAUAAAACUCAAUUCAACUAUUGAAAAAGUUUUUCGAAAAUAUGGUGAAUCUGAUGAUACCAGUACUGGAUUGGUAAAUCGUGAUCCAAUUAACGUAGGACGAAAACAAAAAAGAAGAGACAAAAAACGUCACAAGAAGGAAAAUAAACUAAAACAUUUCCAAUUUCUAUCAAAAAAUAAAUCAAAUACUGAACAAAAUAAUCAAAAAUUGACUCUUGAAUCGACAAUAAAAUCAAACGAAACUAACAAACCUGUAAAAUCAAACGAAACUAACAAACCUGAAAAGAAAAAAAGGAAAAUUGAAACUGAGAAAACACGACAAAAAAAAUCACUUGCAAGGGACAAUGCUGCUGAUGAUAAAGUAAUUACUUCUCUGGAGAAAAAAUUGUAUCUAAAUAAACGAAAAAAUACAAAAAAGCUGCCGAAAUCUUUCACUGACGCUGGUUUGGACUAUAUCUUAGGUGCUCUCGACAAUGGGGGGGAAAAUUCUGAAGAUGAAAUGAUAGCGGAGGAAGAGGAUGACUUUUUUACUGAUGAAAUCAAUAACAAUGAACAAGAAAUGAAUUUAUGUGAUCAGGAAAAUGAAGAUUCAGACUUGGAAAAAGAUGAUAAUUCUCAAUUAGAGGAGGCAGAAUCUGAAAAAAAAUUGGAAAAAGAUGAUGAAUCUCAGCCGGAAGAGGCGGAAUUUGAUGAAACUUUAGAGGAAUCUGAUAACGAUAAUUCACAAGAUGAUUUUAAUAUGAUUGCUGAAGAUUCUGAAACCACCAACACAGGAAAGUACAUUCCUCCUGCAAUGCGUGUCAAACUUUCUCAAGAACAAGAACAAAAUAUACAAAAACUAAAAAGAAAAGUUAAAGGUUUAUUUAAUAGGCUCAGUGAUGCAAACAUGAGCAAUAUAUGCAAUGAUAUUGAAAUGCUAUUUAGAGAAGGAAGUAGAGCCAUUAUGUAUAAAGUUUUGACUGACGUGGUCAUGGAUCAAUUUAGUGCGGCCGAUCCUGUACCUGACAGUUUAAUCAAUGAAACUGCCAUGUUGGUGUCGAUCAUAAGUACAAGAGUGGGAAUUGAAGCCCUAAUGCAUUUCUAUGAAACAACAUCUACAAAGCUCAAUUCGAUCAUACUUGCAAAAGAUAAUGUCCAUGGAAAAGCUGCAAAUAAUUUGCUCAAAGUCUUGGGAUGUUUAUAUCAAUUAAAAAGAAUAGACUGCAAGGUUAUUCUUGACAUCUUUCGAAUAUUAAUUUCAUCAUUUACGGAAAAGGACAUGGAACUUGUACUUGAUAUAUUGAACAAAGUUGGAUUUCAACUCCGAAAAGACGACCCGGAAUCGUUGAAAGAUAUAAUCAAGGCAAUUAACUCAAAAUGUGAAGAAUUGAAUGUGUCCAUGGAUGAUGGUUCAAGAAUGUCCUUUAUGUUAAACAUAUUGAUGGCUGUCAAAAACAACAAUAUCAGAAAAGUCACAGGUUUUGACCCCGAUGCAGUUUCUAAGAUGAGAAAGAAGUUUGCUGCACUGACGAGAAAUUCAACUGGAGAUUCCAGUUCUGAUACUGUACCCCCAGUUAAGUUACAGGAUUUUCUAGAUGCUGAAACCAAUGGUAGAUGGUGGAUUGUGGGCAGCUCCUUUGCUGGUAGACCAAUGUUAGAUAAAACAGGAAACAAGCAAAAUGAAAAUGAAAUAAAAAUUGAUUUUUCUGUAUCUAAAAAUAUUGCCGAUGCUGCAAAAAGACAAAGAAUGAAUACUGACGUUCGUAGAAAUAUAUUUUAUGCCGUUAUGACUGCGGAUGAUUUUGUCGAUGCCUAUGAAAAAGUCUUGAAAUGUGGAUUAAAGGGUAAACAAUUGAGAGAGAUACCAAAUGUAAUCGUCGACUGUUGCCAACAAGAAAAAUUAUUCAAUCCUUAUUAUCUUCAUUUACUUGACAGAUUUUGCCAAAAUGAUCGUCAAUUUGGGAUCAGUUUACAAUGCACUUUCUGGGAUAAAUUCAAGGCAAUUGAUUCUCUCAAACAAAGUCAGAUGAACAAUAUCGUUGAGUUAUUAUCUCGACUUAUAAUCAUGGAAACACUAAGCUUAUCUUGUUUGAAGGCGAUAGAUUUCACAGAAAUAGACAAACCUAUGAUCAGAUUCCUUAGGCUGUUUCUUUGUUUGGUGGCGGAGAAAGCUUCGAGCGAGGAUCAUUUGAAAACUAUUUUUGAAAAGCUGAGAACGUCAAAGAAUAAACUUGUCAAACAAGGAGUUAAUUUAUUUCUACAAUAUUUUAUGCUUUCUGAUGGACAGUUUAUGACCGAACAUUCUUCACUUAAUGAACGUUUUCAAAUCAUGUUAUCUUCUUUAGGAAAAUCGCAUCAAACAUUUUUAUGAUAUUGGUUAGUUACUCUUGGAUUUUGCAUAUUGCCUUUAGGUUACAAUUGGACCUCCUGAAGUAUGCGCACCAAGAUGGCGCACAACCUGAACUCAGGUUGUGUACCAGGUUAGGAUUCAGGUUGUGCGAUAUUCUGGUGCGCAUCUUUCAGGAGUACCUUACAAUUUUUACUGGUGAUGUUGAAUGUGUAUGUAAUCAUGCGUCAAGAAUUUUUGUUUGUAUUGAUAUUUUUAGUCACUACAAUUCUGUUAUAAUUUUGAAUCUAUUCACUAGUUAAGAUAUGUAUUUGCCAAUAUCAUUUUGCACAAUCAAUCCCAUGUUAAGCAAAGUUAGUUACAAUUGACAAGAAAAGAUAACAGCUUCGAUAAUUUCUAAAAAUUGGAGAACAGCCAAAAAGCUUCAUUUUGCUUGGUACUAUGUCUAUGUGGUACUAUAUACUUAUCUGUUCUUCUAAAUUUAAGUUUGAAACUUUUUUGCUUAUAACAG